UGCACAGAGUAAGCGCUCGAUAAAUACUAUUGAAUGAAUGAAUGAAAGGGCCGGUAGGGAAGUGUGAUUGGUGGGGAUGAUGCUGAUUCCCUCACAAGAUGGCGGCGCCCAGCUGCCGGGGCCCGCGGGCGGAACCGGAGAUGGGCGAGGGGGGCGGGGGUGCUGAGUCCUUCGCAAGAUGGCGGCGCCCGGGGGCCGAGAACGGCGGGCGGACCCGGAAGUGGUCAGUAGGGAGGGCUGAUGGAGGGGAGGACGCCGAUUCCUUCGGAAGAUGGCGGCGCCCGGGGGCCGAGAGCGGCGGGCGGAAGCGGUCGGCAGGGACGUUCGAUGGUACGGAUGGCGCUGAUGCCCUCCCAAGAUGGCGGCGCCCGCGGGCGGAAGCGGAAGUGGACGGGCCGGGGGGGGCGGGGACGCCCCCGCCCUCCCCCGGCGACAUCCCGUCGUGCCCCGCGGCGGCCCUCGCGCGCAAGAUGGCGGCGCCCUGGUGGCGGCCGCUGCGGCUCCUGCGGCCCCGCCGCGCGGCGACUGAGGCGGGGCGGCGGCGGGCGGGCGGCGGCCGGGGCCUGCUGGCGGAGCAGCGCGAGCGCGGCGUCUUCCAGGAGAUCUUCCCGGCGCGGGGGUCGGACGAGGAGCUGUCGGAGCUGCUGGCGCGGCGCCAGGUGGUCUACUGCGGCUUCGACCCCACGGCCGACUCCCUGCACGUGGGCCACCUGCCGGCCGUGCUGGCGCUGCUGCGCUGCCGGCGCGCGGGCCACGACGUCAUCGCGCUGGUGGGCGGGGCCACGGCGCGCCUGGGCGACCCCAGCGGCCGCGCGCUGGAGCGGCCGGCGCUGGGGGCGGCGCGCGUGCGCGAGAACGCGCGCGCGCUGGGGCGGGGCCUGCGGGCGCUGGCGGCCAAUGAGCGGCGGGCGCGCGCCGCGGGGGCGGGGCCGGGCGGCGGCCGCUUCGCCGUGCUGGACAACGCCGCCUGGCACGGCGGGCGCCCCCUGGUGGACUUCCUGGAGGCGGCGGGCGGCGCCUUCCGGGUGGGGCCGCUGCUGAGCCGCCACAGCGUGCGCGCGCGCCUGCGCAGUCCCGACGGGCUGAGCCUGGCCGAGUUCUGCUACCAGGUGCUGCAGGCCUACGAUUUCUACCACCUCCACCGACGCUACGGCUGCCGCGUCCAGCUCGGGGGCCACGACCAGCUGGGGAACAUCCAGUCCGGAUACGAGUUCGUCCGAAAGGUGACGGGAAAGGAUGUUUUUGGGAUCACGGUGCCUCUCAUCACCAGUACGACCGGCGCCAAACUGGGCAAGUCCGCCGGCAACGCCGUCUGGCUGAACAGAGACAAGACCUCGCCGUUUGAAUUGUAUCAGUUCUUUGUCAGACAGCAGGACGACUGCGUAGAACGGUACCUUAAACUGUUCACUUUCCUGCCCCUUCCCGAGAUCGACCACAUAAUGAAGAUGCACGCCAAAGAGCCCGAAAAGAGGGGACCCCAGAAGAGACUGGCAGCCGAAGUGACGAAGUUUGUCCAUGGCCCAGAGGGACUAGAAUCUGCCAAAAGGUGUACCCAGGCGAUUUAUCACAGCAGCGUGGAUGUCCUGGAGACCAUGUCCGACCAAGAGCUGAAAGAACUCUUCAGAGAAGCCCCUUUCUCGGAAUUGGUUCUCGACCCCGGAACGAGUGUGAUCGACACCUGCCGUAAGGCGAACGCCAUUCCUGAAGGCCCCAGAGGGUACCGGAUGAUUACCGACGGGGGCGUCAGUAUAAACCACCACCAAAUGACGGACCCUGAAAGCGUUCUCGUGCUGGGGCAGCACAUCCUCAGGAACGGACUUUCCCUGCUUAAGGUCGGAAAGAAGAACAUCUACAUUAUCAAAUGGCUUCAGCUGUGACGGCAGGGAAAUGAAUCCGGAGGUCCGGGGCGGGGGCCGGAUGCUUCUCGACGCAUCUCCUCCUUGCGCGGGCCACUAGAAGCGGCGGAACGUGGGAACUUCAGUCGUAUCUGUUGAGCGCUUACCGUGUGCCGAGCACUGUGCCGAGCGCUCAGUCUCCUCACGGUGUGAGCAGUUAUUUUGUCUUGAAUAAAGCUGCGGGGAGAGUA